AUGGGCAACGGCCUCUCCCCUUGCCUGCGCGCCCCGGCCGUGCACGGCAAGGGAGCGGAGGCGAGGCUGGUGUUCUGGGGCGGGCAGACGAGGCUCGCCGCAGCUUCCGGCGGGCGGUUCACCACGGCAGGCGACGUCACGGCGGAGGCCCCCGACCACCUCGUCUGCUCCGGCGACUCCUUCUUCAUCGGCCUCCCGAUCCCGGCGCUGCCGCCGGGCGAGGAGCUGCUGGCGGGGCGGACCUACUUCGUGCUCCCCGCGGCCCGGUUCUCCAGCUGCCAGGCGCUCACCGCGGCCUCGCUCGCGUCGCUGUCGCCGGCCCCGACCAAGGUGUCCCUCGCCGGCGAGUCGUCCCCGUUCGAGUACGUCACCGGCGCCGACGGCAUGGCGCUCAUCAGGGUCCUCCCGGAGUUCAUCGAAAAGGUGAUCACGUCCGACGGUGGCGGCGACAAGAAGUGCGGCGCGGCGGCGCCGGAACAGCUGUGCAGCACGCCGGAGCUGAGGAAGCACUACAUGCAGCUGGUGGGGGCGAGGCAGCAGCGGCCGUGGUCGCCGGGGCUCGAGACGAUAUCGGAGGCCAGGAAGGGAAGAAGGAUGCCGACAUGCCGUCGUCGGUGA